AUGAAAUCUCCCGCCAUUGGGGAAAGGCUGCUCUCAGCUAUUGAACUUGUCCACUUUUGGUGGAGCUUCAAAUAGAAGUUCCCGCGGAUUUAGGACUGCCAGUGAGGUUUCUUUGCUGGCGUUGGUAGCAGCGUUACAAGAUGCAGUUUUCUGGUGGAAAGCGGAGGAAACUGAAGUUGGCAGGUGACCUGAGGAAUUCUUGCUACCCACACAGUCUUCAGUUUUAUUUGAAGCCUCCUUCUGAAAAUAUAUCUUUGAUGGAGUUUGAAACCUUGGCUGUUGAUAGACUUAAAUUGCUGAAAGCAGUUGAAAAUCUUGGUGUAAGUUAUGUGAAAGGAACAGAGCAAUACCAGACAAAACUGGAGGCUGAGAUUCGAAAGCUCAAGUUUUCCUAUAGAGAAAAUUUAGAAGAUGAAUAUGAACCAAGAAGGAGGGAUCAUAUUUCUCAUUUUAUUUUGCGCCUAGCAUAUUGUCAAUCGGAAGAUCUUAGACGUUGGUUCAUUCAACAAGAAAUGGAUCUCCUUCGAUUUCGAUUUAAUAUUUUACCUAAGGACAAAAUUCAAAAUUUCUUAAAGGAUAGUCAUUUGCACUUUGAGGCUAUAAGUGAUGAAGAGAAGACUUUUCGAGAACGGGAGAUCAUUGCUUCAUCACCUAGUUUAAGUGGGACCAAGCUGGAGUUGGAAUCUGUUUAUAAGAUUCCUUUUGCUGAUGCCUUGGAUUUAUUCCGAACCCGGAAAGUUUAUUUGGAAGAUGGUUUUGCUUAUGUGCCACUUAGAGACAUUGUGGCAAUUAUCCUAAAUGAAUUUAGAGCCAAACUAUCCAAGGCUUUGGCAUUAACAGCCAGGUCCUUACCUGCUGUGCAGUCUGAUGAGAGACUUCAGCCUCUGCUUAAACACCUCAGUCAUUCCUACACUGGUCAAGAUUACAGUGCACAGGGAAAUACUGGGAAGAUUUCCUUAGAUCAAAUCGACUCGCUUUCUACCAAAUCCUUCCCACCUUGCAUGCGCCAGUUACACAAAGCCUUGCGGGAAAACCACCAUCUUCGUCAUGGAGGCCGAAUGCAGUAUGGCCUCUUCCUGAAGGGCAUUGGCUUAACACUGGAACAGGCAUUGCAGUUCUGGAAACAAGAAUUUAUCAGAGGAAACAUGGAUGCAGACAAGUUUGAUAAAUGCUACUCCUAUAACAUACGUCAUAGCUUUGGAAAGGAAGGCAAGAGGACAGACUAUACACCUUUCAGUUGCUUGAAGAUCAUUGUAACCAAUCCACCAAGCCAAGGAGAUUAUCAUGGGUGCCCAUUCCAUCAUAGUGAUCCAGAGCUGCUGAAGCAGAAGUUGCAGUCAUACAAGAUCUCUCCCGGAGGGAUAAACCAGAUUUUGGAUUUAGUAAAAGGAACACAUUACCAAGUAGCCUGUCAGAAGUACUUUGAGAUGAUUCAUAAUGUCGAUGACUGUGGCUUUUCUUUGAGUCAUCCUAAUCAAUUCUUCUUUGAGAGCCAGCGGAUUUUAAAUGGUGGUAAAGAAAUGAAGAAGGAAUCCAUCCACCCAGAAACUUCUCAACCCAAACCAAGUAUCCAGAAAAACAAGGAUGCAUCAUCUGCUCUUGCCUCUUUAAAUUCAUCUCUGGAUAUUGAUAUGGAGGGAUUAGAGAACUAUUUCAGUGACUAAUUCUUGGGCAGUUAAUAACUUUUCCUCAGGAACUUUUUUCCAGCAUUUCUAUCUAAUUGUUCAUUCACCCCAUUAAAUCUACUUGUAUACAUACACUUCUUAAAAAGGCAGAUCUACAGUUAAAAGCAAGAAGACAUUUUCUUCUAUGACUUAAUUCCUGUUGUAGGAGAUAAACCAGCUUCCUAGACUGUUUAUAGUCUUCUAGAAAUAAUACAACAGAAAACAAAAUUAUCUUAACCCUUAUCAUUGUCACUUAUACCCAAUCUUUUCUGGACUACUUUUGUUAAUAAACUUCAAAAUUUCAUAAAACUGCCUGUAAUUACAAGAGACCUGUUAUCUCAAAAGAAUAGGUAGUUGUUGUUUUUUCUUUUUUUCUUUUACCAGAGCAUUGAUCAGCUUUUGGCUUAUAGUAGUGCAGGGAAAUUAAACCUAGGACUUCGAAACCUCAGGCAUGAAAGUCUCUUUGAAUAACCAUUAUGCUACCUACCCCCUCUUCUAUCAGUCCUGUUUCUACCUGAAAGAUAACACAGAAUCGAAAUUUUCCUCUAAUAUGAUGGAAACGAGGCUUGAACCUGAGUUGUGUACAUGGCAAAGCAGAAACAUAGUUUAGGUGAGCUAUUUUGCCAGGCCACCAAUGAAUAUUCUAAACAUUUUUCUUCUUGAGUUGGCUAUUCUGUUGGUCUGCUUCUAAAUUCUGCUUCUAAGACCCCUUCUGUUACAUUGCUUGAGGCUGUGGUCUAUUUACAUAAUCAUUGUUUUCAUUGGUUUAAUACCCACUGGUUCCAGCGCUAUUUUCCUUCUCCCCACCCUGUAUCCUACGUACUUCCUCUUCCUGACACUUCCGCCUCAGGAGACAUAAAAGACAGGGCUUUUGAAUGAAGAAAGAUUAGAAGAGAUUAGAUUGUUCAGCUGCAUCCCCGCUCAUCAAUAAAGAUUGAACUGCGUUCCCAGCUCA